CACUGUUCAAAGUUAAGAAAGUUUCCCGCACCAAACCGUUUCAAGGUCUUCUGACUCAAAACUCUUUUCAAAAUCAUCCAGACAUGUGUGUUUGGGUAGUAAAUAGUUUUUUUUUCUCUCAAAAGUUUAUUUAAUAAAAGCCCAAGGCCCAACACGCUUACAAGGCCUACACAUAUUAAGCCCAACUAAGAACCCAAAAAAAAAUCUCAAGCUCAAGACAUGUCCUAGGCCCAAGAGAGAAACGGAUGUCGGCUGCAUUCCAUCGCGAUCCACAGCAUCACCGCCGCCUCGACUACCACCGGAGAACCACCCACCGAUUCACCGAGCCACACCGGAGCUCUUAGACUCCACACCUUCUUCACUGCGAUUGCCAACCCUCCCAGGUACGCCUAAUCUCGGAGAGAAUCAAUCGUGACCGAGAUCUCAUCCGCUAUAGUUCAAUACAGGGACCAAGGAGGAGGCUUCGCUCAAACAUCAACCUUUCCACCGAGAGCUUUCAUCGUCCUCCGACAAGAUCUCAUCCAACAAACCCGAACCAACUUCACUUAACAAGUGAACAACAACAAAAAUAAUCGAAAGAAACUAAACCCUAGAAAGGAACUAAGGGGCCAGAAGCCGGCAACAAUGGAACUGUAGGAGUCUCCACGUUCCGGAAGCUUAGCCGACGCCACGGAGCUGAAGAAGCCUCCACAACCCGGGAACUUUAUCGGCGAUGCAAGAGCUAUAGGAGCCUCUACAUCCCGGAACAAAAACAACGCUGAAAUGGAGAUAUGACUGUCCUACCUCCUCGCCGCGAAUUCAGAGGAAGAAGAGUUGCAAAGAACCGAGCUCUUCCCGGAACAAAACCCUAACCCAGAUCCGCGCGCAUGUCAAAGAGAAUCGACAGAUCGGAGCAACCACACGAGAACUUGAACGGAAUGACAAGGAAGAGAGCCAUCGACGCCGGUACGCGCUCGGACGCGUCACCGUAAGCGUCACUGGCUGCCUUACACUCUUUCUAUCUCUCUCUGUCUUUGCUUACCACUAGGUCGUAAAUAGUUUACUUAUAUGGAUGUUUUUAUAAUAAACACUAUUCAUACUGCAUUUUUUAUUUUACAAAAUACAAAUAGUUUGUUUAAAUAACAGGGAUAGAAUAUACAUACCAUAACCCUAUUUGAUGCGAUGCAGAUCCCUUUUUUUUUUAAACACUGGUAGUUCUAUUAAAACAUGAAACAGAUUACAAUAGCCCGGCGAUAAACAAUCCCGAGAAUCAAAGUCCAGCGAACAACACAAAGUCCCUGGAAAAUUAAACCCACAUAUGGGAGUCUACAUGAAAACCAUAAACAACACCCAUAACUAGUACAACCUAAAAACAGAUCAAAUGAAAUCCAGAAACUUCAAUGAAAGAAACAUGCAAGAGACAUCAACAAAACACAUUUGAACAAAGACAAAUCGCAGAAGCAAUCUUGGCCAAACCCACGACUUGCGAAUCCUCCUAUAGUGAAUAGCCCAAGCAAUUUAAGAACAAAGCUUCAAACACCAGCAAGACAUAAUCACUUCAUGAUCGAAAGUCUUCAACCGGAGACGGCUAUGACGGUAAGAAACCGACUUGAGAAACCAGAAGGAAGCUUGAAUGGAGAAAGAUCUCGAUCAGAUCUAUUGAUUAAUGACAAGGAGCGAAACAGAACAUCUCUAGAUUCAAACAGUCUCGAAGGACCGAGAAAGAAGAAGAUCGAUACUGAGAUGAACCAAAGGCUUUGGAAUCAAUCAUGCAUGUUCUUCAAUCAGUUACUGGAUUCGAAACAAAAGCGGAUCUGAGUGAAGAGAAAGUGAGAGCAAGGUUGACUAGUUAAUGCAUGCAUCAGAUGCUCAACAAACUCUCUUAUUCUCUCCGAAAAUGACAAAACGCUAGAUCGAAAUCUAGAAGGAAGUCAAACCCAAUGAGAGAAUAAGAUCCAAAAAGAGAGCAUGGAAGACAAAGAGAGACAGAUUCCGACUCCAGCUCUAAGUGAGCAGCCGGAGUCGGCUAAACGGAAAAGCGACAGAAACAACCAGAAGAACUAGAGAGAAGGCGGAGAGAAUGAAGAGGAGAGAGAGGUUUAUAUUGUUUUCCGAUGCAGAUCCCUACUAUUUCUUAGAUAGUAGAUAUUUAUUACUUUAUAGAAUCGAGUGACAUCCAGACGUAAUUUUGCCCUACCCUCAUAUAUGGGUUAUUUUGCCAAUAACUGAGUUUUUUUUCUUCUGAUAAACCAAAAGAAUAUAGCAAUAAACCUAAGGAAUAUAGCAUUCUAUUCUCGAAAUUCAGUGUAUGAAAUUUGUGUUAUAAACCUGUAAGUUUUACCUCUCCAUGAAGCUGGUUAACGGUAUGAUAAAUUAAGUGGUAUAUGCGCCAUUGUAAAGGUGGACACUACUUAAAUUCUUUUAAAAGACUAACACAUACAAAGUUAGUAUAGAUAAAUAAUUUAAAACAAAAUAUAAAAUAUGUAUCUGAUAUAAAUAGUAUAUAUAUAUAUAUAUAUAUAUAUAUAUAUAUAUUAGUGUUUAUCAUUUUUCAGCAUUUUGUAGUGAUUAUCCAAAAGAAAAAUAGUAUGACAAAUGAAAUUAAAAACAACAUCAACAAUACUUAACUUUAUUGUAAUAGAUGUGUAUAAUAGUAUAGACAUAUGAAUUAGAAACAAAAUAUACACAAAUUGUGUUAUAUUUUAUCUUUAUUUUUUAAAUAAAUAUAUAAUAUGAAUUAUUGUUAUUCUAGUCAAAACAAUUAACCUACCUUAAAAAUAUAUCUGUCUUUUCUAAAAGUACUAGUGAUGAAACUUAUUAUAUUUUAGUAUAUUUGUGAGAUUAAAUAUUUGAUUUUUAUAAGGUUGAAAUACAAAAAAAAAAAUAUAAGAUACAAAAAUACUUUGAAUAUUUUGGUCAACUUUUUAUAGUUUUUUUUUGUCAAUUAUUAAUGUUUUCUUAGUCAUUCAGCCUUAUUUCAGGUGUAUGUCCACCACUUAGAUAAAAAAAAAGUCCUCGGAGUUGAAUUAUAUUUUCAACAUCAUCAUUUACGGUUCGACUAUUAUCGAAAACGACCCGUGAAUUGAGAGUACCCGCGCAGAGAUCAUCCUCCUAGUUCCUAAGUCUGAACUCUUAAGUGUUUUCUUUAUUCCAAUGUUGAAAAUUCUAAUUUCAUUUCUCUUUAAAUUCAAAUUCACAUUCACUCGGAAAAAUAGUAAAAAAACAAAAAAAAAGAGUGAACACAUAAAUCAAAAACAUGUCAACUUUCCUCUGCUUCCUCUGGCUUACGCUACUUCUCUUAGUAACACUAAUCUUCAGGAAAAAGUUUAAAACCUCAAAACUAAACCAUCCUCCAGGCCCAAGAAAACUUCCUAUCAUCGGAAACUUACACAACCUCGAAGGAUUACCACACAAAUGUCUCCAAAAUCUCUCAAAAAUCUACGGACCGGUGAUGAAACUCCACUUCGGUUUUGUCCCUAUAGUCAUAAUCUCUUCAAAACAAGCAGCAGAAGAAGUUCUCAAAACCCAUGACCUAGAUUGUUGCAGCCGACCAGAAACCGUAGCGACCAAGAAAAUCUCUUACAACUUCAAAGACAUUGGAUUCGCUCCGUACGGGGAAGAAUGGAGAUCUUUGAGGAAGCUUGCUGUGAUGGAGCUACUCAAUUUGAAAAAACUCAACUCUUUUAGGUAUAUAAGAGAAGAAGAGAAUGACUUGUUCGUCAAGAAACUCUCCGAAGCUUCUGUGAAACAUUUUCCUGUGAAUCUGACAAAAGCCCUUUUCACUUUAAUCGCUAGUAUCGUGUGUAGACUCGCGUUCGGUCAGAAUCUUCACGAGUCCGAAUUUAUCGAUGAAGAUGGUAUGGAGGAAUUAGCGUCUAGGUCGGAGAAACUUCAGGGGGAGUUCGCUUUCUCUAAUUACUUUCCAGGAGGUUGGAUUGUUGAUAGAAUUACGGGUCAAAGCAAAAACUUAGAAGGAUUAUUCUCAGAGCUCGACGGUUUCUUUAACCAAGUGCUUGAUGAGCAUCUAAAGCCAGGGAGAAUAGUGUUAGAGAGUCCAGAUGUGGUAGAUGUGAUGAUCGAUAUGAUGAAUAAACAAGGCGAAGAUGGUCAUUUUCAGCUCACUACUGAUCAUAUCAAAGGAGUCAUCUCUGAUAUAUUUCUUGCCGGAGUAAACACAAGUGCUACGACCAUACUUUGGGCAAUGACUGAGCUAAUAAAAAAUCCAAGUGUGAUGAAGAAAGUGCAAGAGGAGGUUAGGACAGUACUUGGAGAAAAGAAAGAGAAAAUCACAGAACAAGAUCUUAACCAACUUAGCUACUUCAAGCUAGUGAUCAAAGAGACAUUCAGAUUACACCCAACAGCUCCACUGUUAGUACCAAGAGAGACAAUGUCACCAAUCAAGAUUCAAGGCUACGACAUUCUCAAAAAGAACCAGAUCAUGAUCAACGUGUACGCGAUAGCACGCGACCCGAAAACUUGGGAGAAUCCGGAUGAGUUUAAACCGGAAAGAUUUGCUGAUAGUUGUAUUGAUUACAGAGGACUAAACUUCGAGCUUCUGCCCUUCGGUUCUGGUAGGAGGAUUUGUCCCGGUAUGACGAUGGGGAUCGCGAUGGUCGAAUUAGGAUUGUUGAACUUGCUUUACUUCUUUGAUUGGGUACUGCCUGAGGGAACAACAGUGAAAGAUAUAGAUAUGGAUGAAGAAGGUGCCCUUAUUAUUGGCAAGAAAGUUCCUCUUGAACUUGUGCCAACGCGCCAACAUUAACAAAUUGAAAAAAGAAACUUAUCUUAAAAUAAGAGAAAAUACUUUUUUUUCUCUCUAUGCUAGUUAUGUUGUAUUUCUAGGAUCCGUAAGUGCAUACAUCUGCUUCGAAUGUUACGAACCGCCCGCCCCGCACUGCAGUUAACAGUAACAAAAAUCUCUACAUAUACCAUAUAUCAAUACGUUUUUAUAACUGUUAAAACUGCACCGUAAUUAAACCGCUUGUCUCGCACCGCUCAAACCACAGUUACCAUUCGGAGCCUUAAUUUUUAUUGCCGGGGUAUUAUAUAUAUAUAUAUAUUUAAUACCAUAUAUAGUUAAUAAAUGUAUGAAGGUUUGAUGUUGAAAACGGAGACUACCUGGAAGUUUAGUUUAUUCUUUUAAGUAUAUUUUUUGAACACCGAUUAUUCUUUAACAAGAUAAGAUAUGAGCCCGUGGCGUUGCAACGGGUUUUGUUUGAUGUUUUAGUUUAAUUAAAACUAUAAAAUAAUAAAUUGUUUUAUUAUAGUUUUAUGAUUUUUUUUUUGCAUAUAUUUUUUGAGAUUUAUUUUAUAAUUAAAAACUGUUUUACACAUAAGUUCAAGUUAAUAUUUGUAUUUUAUAAUCAUGGUGCAUAGAUGAAUUGUUAUAAACUUUGUACUUAGAAUUAUACAUAACCGUUUAAACCGAACACAACCCAAAAUAAAAAAAUUGAAUAAAAAGUAAAAAGAAAUGAAAGUCAAUGACAACAUUAUACAUGUUCUUAUGUAUUAAUUUAAUGUUUUAUUAAAUAAUUCUUUAAAUUUUUAUUUUGUUAAUAUUUUUUUAAAAAAGGAAAACAUUCUAUUUUAUAAAUAUAUUUUUAUUUAAAAUUAAAAAGAUAAAAAUAAUAAUUUCAAAUACUUACAAUUUUGUUUAAGAUUUUAGAAAAGAAAAAUUACUGUCAUAUAAUCUAUUACAUUUUAAUCUCUUAACUUUCUAUACCGGUCCGACUGAAAAUGUUUUUAUGCCAAACUUUUUAUAAAUUACAAAUCUAAGCGAUUAUCUAAAAUCAACUCUCAAAGUUUAAGGGUGCGAUCAUACUAUCACUAAUGUACCGGAUCAUAUUAAGACUCCGCUGUUAAACAAGGUUGCCGAAAGUAGUAAUAUAAUAGGUGACCUUCUGAAAAAUCCUCGUGUUGCACCCCUUUACAUUUUUUUUAAAAAAAAGAUAUUAUUCAAAAAUAAAAGAAAAAACUCGAAAUAUUUCUAAAAGAACAUGUUGUAAAUCCCAAAACUUUUAACUUUGGAUAGAAUCUUUAGUGGUAGUAGUGAAGCUUAAGGCCAACUCCAAUGGGACACCAAAACACCAAAUUUCGUGUGAUUUCAUUUUCAACAAGACACCAAAAAUGAAAUCAUCCUAUCAAAUUUAGUGUAGAGUAAAUAGUGUUACACUAUUCAUCACACCAAAUAUUAAAUAUUGAUAUUUUAUUAGGUUUUAUUUAAUGAUAUUGUUCAUUAUUAUUAUUAAUCAGUUCAAAUUUGUAACUAAACAUAAAUAUAUUGCAUUAUUUUUAUUUUAAAAUUAUUUUUACAUAAUUAAAAUAUAUUUUUAUUUUAUUUUCAAAUAAGAAAUCACAGAGUGAUUAUUAUUAUUUUCUUUAUAUUGUAAAAAAAUAAAAUAUCAUAGAAAUUUUAUUUUUUAUUUUAUUUUUAAAUAAAACAUCACUAAAUGAUUAUUAUCAUUUACUUUAUCUUAUAAUGUAUUUUUAUUUAAAAUAUCGAUUAUAAUCUUUAUUCAAGUAAUGUUAGAUUUAAUAGUAAGUAAUUAAAACUUUAUGUAAUACUAUUAAACUAACCAAAAAAUAAAAUAACAUUCUUAUUUUUUAUUUUACAAUAUAGUUAAACUUGUAUUACUAACUAAUACAAAUUUUAUUAAAAUAAAUAAACAGUUUUGUUACGUGCUUUUCAUAAUUAAUAGUUUGUAAUUUUGAAUAUAAUAUAUAAAAUAAAUACAUAAAAUGUAUAAUAUUGUUAAACCAAAAUAUAGAUGUAAAUAAAUUUGAUAAAAAUAAUUUUACAAAAAAUAAACAAACAUAAUAUCUAAGUGUGAUAAUCAAUCAUUUAGCAAUUUUAAAUAAUAAAAAUAUAAAAAUUAUUAAAACUGAAAACUUCAAAUAAUAUGUAAUAUUAUCUUUGGUGUAAUAUUUGAUAUCAUGUUUGGAGAUGACAAAAAGAAUUUGACACUAAGGUGAUGAUUGUUUUGUUAGAUUCUAGAUUUUGGUUUUUGGUUUUUGGAUUUUGGUUUUUAGUUUUUAGUUUUUGGUUUUUGAUUUUGCAGUAGAUUUUGGUUUUUUGAAAAAAAAAUUGAAAACUGUCGUGAGUUUUUGAAAAAAACCACAAAAACUUGGAUUUUGGUUUUUCUUUGGAAAAAACAGUUAUUUGAAAAAACUAGUUUUCCUAAAUUAUAGGGAAUAUAUUUAUCUAAAAACUUGAUUGUCUAAAAAAUGGUUUUUAGAAAAACUAAAACCAAAAACCAAUUCAAAAACCACAAACAAUCAACCUCUAAAACACAAAAUUUGGUAUAAUUUUAACACCAAAUUUGGUGUAAUUUCAAAUGGUGAAAAAUGCCCUAAAAACCAAAAUGUCUUUUUCUCACAAAAACCAACCGAAAGGUCUUUUACUUUGUCAACUACGAGAUAUAGGUUCUUUUAGCAACAACAAAAAAGAAAGAAAACUACGAGACAUGGUUAUUUUACUUUGUCAACCGAAAGGUCUUUUAUUGUAAAAUAAUAUUUAUAUUUGGAUUAAUACAACUUCAGCGGAAAGUCCACCAACCUGAUUGUUAUAGAGCAUCUCUAAUAUAAACUUCUUUAAAAAAAAAAAUAGAUUAAAAGUAAAAAUGGAAUUUUACUUCAUUUUUCACUCCAUAACGGAGUGAUGAACAAAAAAAAAAAUAGAUUACUCCAUUUAUGGAAUAAAUUUCAUUAUGGAGUGAGAUAUAGAGUUGAGUUGAAGCAUUUCUCACUUUUACUUCAUUUUAUAGAAAAAAAUAGAGUUGAGAUGGAAAUGCCCUUACACUACCUUAGACAUUCUUUUGACUGAUUAUACUCUAGACUCUGUGAGAAUAAUACUAAUUACGUAUCUAUUUUCCUCUUUACACCUUUUCACUUUGUAAAAUUUAGUUUAAAAUAUAAAUAACUUUUUUGAUGUUACUAAAAAAUUAUAUCAAACAUAUUUUUAAUAUUUUAAAAUAAAUACUCUACUAAAUCAUUACUAUUAAAACAUAACCAUAACUUGGACAGUAUAUUGUAUGAUAUUGCCAAAUCUGAGUCUUUAUACUAACUAUGCAUCUUAAUAUGUCAUCUAAUAACUUAUUUAUUCAAUUUAUUUUUAACUACAUAAUUAAAUAGUUUUAAAAUAAAAUAAAUAAAAAAUAUUAAUAAAUAAAAAUCUAAGAGUAAUAAAAUAUUCUUGUAUUUUAAAAAUAUAUAUAUAUAUAUAAUUAUAUAAUUUCAAAAAUAUUUAAACAAAAGAAUAAAUAAAUUUUAUACAGUAAUAUAAAUUUAAAUUCGACUAAUAUACAAAACAUAAAUUUACAAAUUUAGUUAAAUAACUUAAUAUAUUAAGGGAGAAUUUCAUGUGAUAUUUUCAAAAUACAUUCUUCAUUAAGUGGCAAAUAAAGUGG